AUGGCCGCCCCCCAGAUCCCUAACCUCAAUUCUCUUCGACGAGGCCGAGGUCGCGGUCGUGGAAUCGGUCGUUCGACUGACAAUGGCCCAGAGUCGCGCCCAUCAGGCAAAGACCGCAUCGUGCAGGGCACCGACAAUGACGCCAGCGUUUCCAGAUUGAGCGCCGUGGACUUGGGCUAUCUUACAGACGCGUACGCGACAGCACUGACUCCACGGGGAUCCGCGACAAGAAGGUUGCCAAUUAUUAACAGAGGAACAUAUGUUCGCACGACAGCAAUCGACCAGCUUGUCACAAGCUUCCUAGGCCCCUAUACACCCGAACAAACUCAAACGAAGCGUAAACAGAUCAUCUCGUUAGGAGCCGGCUCCGACACGCGAGUCUUUCGCAUUCUCUCCUCGCGCCAACCCUCCGAUCUCGUCUACCAUGAAAUCGAUUUCGCCGUUAAUACUACCUCAAAGAUCCAGGCGAUCCGAUCAACGUCGCAAUUACGACAGGCGCUAGGAAUCGACACGCCUGAUGCUGAAGUGUCUAUCUCUGAAACGGGUGAUGCGUUGCAUUCUCCUUCAUACCAUAUUCACCCGGUCGAUCUACGUUCGCUUUCCGCGAACAGUGACCGUGACCUCUCCACCAUACUCCCCGGUGUAGAGAGAGGACUGCCCACGCUGCUGGUAUCCGAAUGCUGUCUGAUCUAUCUCACCCCGAGCGAGGCAGAGCAAGUAGUCAAAUUCUUCACCGAACAUCUAUUCCAAUCCCAAUCCCAACCCGCUACCCCGCUAGGUCUGGUCUUGUACGAACCCAUUCGUCCCGACGAUGCUUUUGGCCGAACGAUGGUCUCGAAUCUCGCGACGCGGGGCAUCCAGCUCCAAACUUUGCACAAAUAUGCAUCGCUGGAGGCGCAACGGUGCCGAUUGAAGGAGCAAGGAUUCGGGGACGGACAGGCCGGUGCAGAUAUUGAAUUUAUCUGGAAGAACUGGGUGCGUGAAGCGGAAAAGGAGCGGGUUUCUGGAUUGGAAAUGCUGGAUGAGAUGGAAGAAUGGCAACUUCUUGCUCGUCAUUAUUGUAUUGCUUGGGGGUGGAGAGAUAGGAGCGAUGCUUCGGUUUUUCAAGGCUGGACUACACUCAAGGCUCAGUCGGACAAUUGA